UUUGAGCCCUGCCUCCACCAUGUGUGCAGACUUUGCAUGUUCUCUGUGUAUUUUAGGGGUUUCCUCCAGACACACCAGUUUCCUCCUCCAGUCUAAUUCCUCCUUUUUAUUCUGAUUGGCAUCCACUACUUUGGGCGCUGAGGACUCCAGGGACCCUGUGUGGUAUAGAAAAUAGAUGAAUGAAUGUUGUAAAUAUAUCACUUAAGUUCAUAAAUCCACCUCAGGUAUGUUUUUGACAAUGUGAAGGUUUGCUUAUUAAGCAGUGAUGCAUCAGUUUUUGUUUUCCUUAAGCACUUUUAACAACUGUCCAUGUCUCAAAGCAGCUUUACAGAAGCAUAGAAACAUAAUAAAAAUGGUAAAGUUUAAAGUAAAAAAACAUCUCUAACAUCUACCCCAACAUCUACACUUUAUGAGCGUGUGUGGUGAUAGUGGACACAUUAUUUUUUAUUUAUUAGUUGUUGUUUUUUUGAGCUUUGUUUAGAAAAUAUCGCAACAGCUGAUUAAUCAUUUAAUCGCUGAACUUCAGCAAUGCUUUAUCCAUGUAUAUGAUGCCAAUUGUUCUUAUGAUAUGGUGUGUAUUCACAUGUACACACAGUCAUCAUAUGAACAUAUAUGAUGGUGCACUUUUUUAAAAUAAGUUAUACAAGCAGCAGGUUUUGUUUUUUUGCUUGCUUUUUUUAAGUCAACAUGCUUUAAUAGUGUUUUGGACCGGAAUGGAAUUGUGUGAAUCUGCUGUGAGACCUGAUGCUUUUUGCUGUUGGGGGACUGAUGUGAAACAUUUUUUUUGCUUGCUAAUAUUAAGCGCACAAAAGCUGUGCUUUUUGUUGUGGUUCACCACACGGUAACCUUCACACACACACACAUACACAUACACACACACACACACACACACACACACACACACACACACACGUGUGUAUCAAAUCAGGUAUUCUUCUCUGAAAGUCAGCCAGACCAUUUUAAAAAUUUAAACAUAUAUAUUUUUGUAAUUCUUAAACAUUUUUAAAUAAAUCAGUUCAGCAUUAGUUAUAGCUCAGUGUUUGAAGAAUGAUGCUAUGAAGUUUGCUUUUAGACAUUAUGUCUUUGUAAUAGAUUUGUUUAUCUGCAUUGUUUCUGAGUGACUCACCCACAAAACAUGGGCAGUUCUUAAAAGGCAUGACAGAUCAGAUAGGUGAAAAAUCUGUGGUGCAGGAGCUGGAACAAGGAUUUAAAUCCAGUGCAGCAACUAUCAAAACAGACCACAGUUUUUUUUUAAUCUCAAACACUGUUUCAUUUUGAGAUUUGUCUGGUUGUUACAAUGGCAAGAUAUUAUCUUGUGAUUUGGAUUGUUUUUUGUUUGGACCAGGCUGAUUCUUCCUCAGAUAAAUGUCUCCAAGAGAGAGACAGACUUCAGGCACAGUUAAGGAGUAUGGAGUCUCGUGCUGUUAAGCAGCAGGAGAUGAUUCAGCGUUUACUGGACCUCAAUCAGCAGCCUCCACUUCUUCUCAAUGAAAGCAUCUUUUUUGACCUAGAAGAUAAACAAUAUGCCGACUGUGCUCAGAUUUUCACUAAUGGUUCCACAAAGAGUGGAUUUUAUAUGAUUAAACCUGAAAAGAGCCCAGCUAAUAUCAAAGUGUACUGUGAUAUGGGAGAUGGAGGCGGGUGGACAGUCUUCCAAAGACGCUCUGAUGGCAACGAGUCUUUUGACAGAGAAUGGAAUGAAUACAAAGCUGGAUUUGGUGAUAUGAAAUCUGCAAAUGGAGAAUUCUGGUUAGGGAAUGAUAACCUAAAUUAUCUGACAUCCCAGGGUGAUUACAGCCUGAGAAUUGACCUGGAAGACUUUGAAGGCAGCCACCGUUUUGCCCUGUACAGAAAGUUCCAAGUUGACAAUGAACAGAAUCAGUACCAGCUGAAGUUUGAUGGAUACAGAGGGAAUGCAGGAGACUCGCUCUCAGGCAGCUAUAACCCAGAGGUACAGGGUUGGGCAAGUCACCAGGGCAUGAAAUUCAGCACAAAAGAUAAGGACAAUGAUCGCUAUGUGCGCAACUGUGCUCUGGAAGAUAUGUCUGGCUGGUGGUUUAACAGGUGUCACUCUGCCAAUCUGAAUGGGCUGUACUAUAAGGGGCCUUACAGUGCAGUGACUGACAACGGGAUAGUGUGGUACACCUGGCAUGGCUGGUGGUACUCUCUCAAAACCGUGCAAAUGAAGAUCAGACCAAGUGCCUUUGAAACAAAUGAAGUCUAAAAUAACACAUUUUACCAUUACCCAGUUAUUCAUGAAAGAUAAUAUAGAGAUAAUGUAUGCAUACUUGUAAUAUUUUUACAUACAGUUUACAGUAAUGUAGAACAUACAGCUGAGGUCAUAGGUUUAAAAACACCUUGGAGAAUCAAAAAUGUUAAAAAAAAAUAAUAAAUAAAAUAAAAAAAAAGAUGGAUCAUAAAUGCUAUUUGUUUUUUCUUUAAUAAUGCCCUACAUAUUUAACAUAAUGAAUGUUUACAUAUAGUCCACAAGACACAAUAAUAACUUUACACAAAUGAACCAGUUCAAAAGUUUACAAAUGCUUGAUUAUUAAUGUAUGUUGUGAGUUUUGUGAUAGAUGUUCAGAAGUUCCUUGUUGUUGUUUUUUCUGAUCACUUAAACUGCCCUCUGUUUUUUUUUUUUGUUUGUUUGUUUGUUUUAGAAAAAACCUCUAUUAGUUGAUUUUCUGGCAUAUUUACAACAAUAUGUCUGUGAGGGACUAAUACAAACUGUAACAACAGGUAUUGUGUAAACAUUUGAAAAAAGGAAGAUUGGUAUAAAUUAUUAUUUUAUCUUUUGGGGAAAUCUGUAUUUAUUUUAUGUAGAUUUUGUAGGAUGCACUAAUUUAAAGAAGAAGAAGAAAAAAAAAGAUUUUUAAACAAAAUAACAAUUCUAAAGUGUAAUUUGUACGAGAACUUGACCUCAGCUGAAUAUAGUUUAUAGUACGUGUUGUUUACUUUAUAUACAGUUUAUGUAGUUUAUACAAUAUAUAAACUUUACACCCGAGUUCAUCACAGAAUGUCAACAUGCAUU